AAUCAGGAAGUUUUCAAAUAGAAGAUGCUUUCAAACUAGUUUAUCUCGUCAGUUCAAAUGCUUGAUCCGAAUAAUGUUUUUCUUUAUUAAAAAGAUUAAAACGAUGAUGGCAAUACUCAUGGAAAUUUUGUUUUCUGUAUUAGUGUUGUGUGCGACUGUAUGUGCGGUAGAACAAGAUUGGCAUUUUUCAGGUUUAAAUGUUGCGCUUGGAAAACGUGCCAUUCAGACUCCGUUUACACAUGGAUAUCAAAAUGCACCACUUGCCGUUGAUGGAAACAUACCAAACCUUUCGCAAAAUGAUUCCUGCGCUCAAGCGACCGUGCCAUUGAAGAAACAAUACGCCAUUUGGGAAGUAGAUCUCGAGAGCACUUACAAUAUAUCAGGAAUAAAAAUAUAUUACAGAGAAAACACAUCUCUUGAACGUCUAUCACGAUUAACAAUUUUGACCUUCUACAAUACAUGGGAAUCGGUGUCUAAAGACAACUUUUUAAGGUGCCCUGAUUAUCAUGACCAAGAAAUUAAACCACUGGUAUGCCAAGAUAUCAUAAAUGUCGUAUUGCAUCCUCCUGUUCUAUCUAAUCAUGUCAGACUGAAGAUGAAUAAUAGCCUGACCCUCUGUGAAGUAGAAAUUAUAUCAGUCGCCUGCAAACGACCAAAUGUUCCAAAUGGUGGUACGAAUGCCGAAGCAAAGACCUUAAAUGGUAUAUCCAUAAACCUGAAAUGUGAUGAGGGUUUUUUUACAAAUGAAUCGACAUCAAUGUGCACUGCACAGGGUACAUGGAAUCCUCAACCAAGAUGUGCUAAAGGAUGCAAGGAACCUACACUCAGUAACGGGAAAUACGCUUAUACCAACUCUGAAAGAUUGGUUAUUGGGUCGGUUGGGCGGUUGUGGUUCGGAAGCGUAAUCAAUCCACAUUGUUACGAUGGUUAUCAUCUUCAACCAAAUGGAUCAAGAAGAUGUUUGACAAACGAGGAAUGGUCGGGUGAUAUUCCAGAGUGUAAACCUGUUACAUGCCAAGAACGUCCGGAAAGCUUUUCUCAUGGAUAUUUCACCCCUGAACAAAAUCCUCCAUUCAAGCAUGGCUUUACAUUUGUUCCUAAGUGUGAAACAGGUUUUAAGCUUUCCUAUGGUGUAAAUAGGACAUGUUCUCAUGUUAACUACUGGACUGGCAAUAACGCCAGAUGUGAAACAAUAUCAUGCGAAUUAACAAUGCUCGAAAAUGGAUUUUAUACGUUAGGUUCCCAAAAAACUACAUCAAAUGUAAUUAGCGUCGGCUUAUCUAUCAGCCCAAGUUGCAACGAUGGCUACCAUUUAAGCAACAGUAAUAAUCGCACAUGCAAAGAAAAUGGUGAAAUAAGUGGUGAUAGCCCUUUGUGUAAAAAAGUUCAAUGCGACUCAUUUGGACCUCUUCCCAACGGAAAUAUGUGGUUCAAAAAUAACACAUUAACAAUACAUAACGCAUUUGACUAUGGUACAACUAUACUAUCAGAAUGUGAUAAAGGUUUCGAACUUCGUGGUUCUGUUGAGCACAGGUGUCUUAAGAAUGGGUCUUGGUCAGGCAUUACACCAAUUUGUGAAAAAAUCCGGUGCACAAAUCAAACCAUUCUGAAAGAUUUAUAUCAACAAAACACGAAAGAACUACUGUUUGGAGAUGAAUUUAUUGCUGAUUACAACAGCGAACACUUCUAUCUUGUGAAUGGCUCCUUAGACGUGGAAUGUGCAGCCGACGGCAGCCUUAGAUGGGCUACACCACAACCAAUCCUUGCUUCUAUAUGUAAAGUGCAGAAAAACGAUAAUUUUCGGGCAGACACCAGACAUUGCCUCGUUGACGAUAAGUGUGAAGUAGGAAAAACGAUAACGUUUGAAUGUAGAGAAGACUACCAAAUGUUGCAAAUAACUGCAACCUGCCUUCGUAAUCACACAUGGAGCUCAAGGCCAAUUUGCACACCACUGUCUCAACCAACAUCCAAUGGAGCUAUAAUUGGCGUGUCUGUAGCAGUUGGCGUGGCUGUAAUCGCGAUUGUGAUAGCUGUACUGUUGUUUCUACACAGAAGAAAACUACGUAAAAGCAAACCAAAAACGCAUUACGAAAAAGCAGAUGAACUAAAGGAACAAUUGAAUGUUUAUUCUGAAAUCAGUGAAACACACAAGACAGAUCGAAAAAAAGUGGAAGACACUGAAGAAUGUGCAUUCGCGUCGAACACGAGAGUUGUAGUCGAAGACAAAGAGACUUUGAAUCCGAGAUAUCAGUCCUGUUACAGCGUUGAGAGCAGCAAGAAAAUGCCGAUUACAGCAAUUAGAGUAGACGAUUUAUACGACGUUGUUUUGGGAUCGGAGCAUGGAGUCACGAUGAAGAAACAGUUUCAGGAUUUCCCUAAGGGUUUGAAAAAAGACUACAGUGCCGCUCUUCAAAUACAAAACAGACCAAAAAAUAGAUAUAAACAGAUUUAUCCAUAUAAUGACACAAGAGUUAUUCUGCCAAUGGAUGAACGACACCCAGACUACAUAAACGCUAGUUACAUAUAUGGUUAUAACAAGACACGUGCCUUCAUUGCUUCACAAGGCCCCACGGACGAUAUGCUUAUGGAUUUCUGGAGGAUGGUGUGGUAUCUUGACUGCGGUAAGAUCGUCAUGCUUACCAACUUGGAAGAGGACAAAACGAUGAAAUGUGUACAGUACUGGCCAGACGAAGGAUGUAAGGAAUACGAGGACUUCUUAAUAACAAAUCGAGGGACUGAGUAUUUUUCGGACUUCAUCAUCAGGAAAUUAUCCAUACAGAAAACACAUGGGGAAGAAAGAAAAUUGAUCCAUUUUCAUUUCACUGCCUGGCCAGAUAAAAGUGUGCCAAAGUAUUCUUCGUCUCUUGUUCAUUUCCGCCAUAAAGUGGAAACCACUAUUGUUAAUGAAAACGGUCCAGUUAUUGUACACUGCAGUGCCGGUAUCGGACGGACGGGAACAUUUAUUGCUUUGAAUGUUCUAUCUGAACAAGCCGCCACGGAGGGGUAUGUAGACCCAGUGGGCUGUGUGAGCAAUCUGAGGGAACAGAGGGUCAACAUGGUCCAAACGGCGGAACAGUACAUUUUUCUGCACAUGACGCUUUUGGAGACGUUGAUGUUGUCCACAUCGGCUCUUCCCUCGUCAAGGUUCCUGGGAGCGUAUGAAGAACUUCUGGCAUUCGAUAAAACCCAAAGGACCCGGAAGAUUGAUGUCGAGUUUUCUAGGAUGGAGAAAAUGUCUCCCGUGGCUGAUGUAUGUCAAUACGUGAGAGCAAAAGAACUAAGGAACAGGAAUAAGAAUCGGUAUUCAAACAUUCUCCCAGAUGCUGAUCACAUGCCGUAUUUGACUCCCUCCGGAAAGAGGUCUGAACCUGAUUAUAUCAACGCUGUUUUCUUACCGGGCUACAAGAAGAAGCGAGCGUUCAUCGUAACCCAGACACCACUCGAAGCGACCAAGACUGACUUCUGGAGACUGGUGGUGGAACACGAUGUCCAUACAAUCGUCAUGAUGAACAACAAGAGUGAGAUGAAGGAAGAUGAAAUAUAUUGGCCCGAAAAUGAGGAAAAAUAUGAAAUCAUGACAAUUACGAAGACAGGCCUGGAGUGCGAGAAAGGAUUGAGAAAGAUGACGUUUGACUUGAAACGGUUUGGACAGACACGGAAACUUCAACAAAUACAAUUUGAAGGUUGGCCUGAUGAUUCAGCAUUGCCCUCGUCUCCGAAGGAUGUUAUAAACCUCCUUGAUGCAGUGCAGUUCUGGCAACAACAAUCAGGAAACAAUCCUGUCCUCGUGCAUUGCAUGAACGGAGCAGACAGAAGCGGCUUGUUCUGUGUUGCGUCAACAGUCUUGGAGAGGAUGAAGAUUGAACAAGACGUUGCUAUUGCCCAGGUCAUCAAAGAGAUGAGGAACUACAGGGAACAGAUUAUUCCCUCUGUGGACCAGUUCCAGUUCGUGCAUGAAGUUGUCAAGGAAUACAUUCUGCAAAAUGAAACAUACUCCAAUUUCACUUACUGAGGUCGACGGGCUAUUUAAAUCAAUGGGACAAUAAUAUGGCAGCCAUAGGCUUUUUUGUUUUAUUUGGCUUAAACAAUAUUUAUUCAAAUAUUACAGAUAUAUCGUGUAUAAAGUUUGAGCAUAAAUAUAAGGUGCUUGCAUGGGUAACAUUUCAUGAAAAAAAGACAUAUGAUAUAAGCACAAAACAAUAGAUAUACAGAAUAGAGAAUUCGAAGAAAGCUUGAAAGCUUAUACUAUGUAUCGCUUCUGUUAUUCCGUAAGGCUGCUUUUAAUGGUGUAAAGGCUGUUUUGUUUAAUCGAAUACUAACAAAAUGAGAUAUGAAGAAUAAAAAGUGGGGAUAUGAGGAAAAACAUGGUACAGAAGAGGAAGCGACAAUAUGGAAAUGAUAAGAAGGGUGAGAAAGGAAAAACGAAGAGAUAAAGGGAUGUGGACAGGUCGUGUGUUUUAUUUAUACGUGUAUAUUGGUAUUUUUAAUGAUAUUUAAAUAGAUUUCCAUAUUUAUAUAGUUAUAACAUACUCAAUUGCUGUAUGAACAUUUCAAGUUGGUGUACAUAUGUAUAAUAUUUGCAAACAGUGUGGAAUGAACCUAAAACUAAACGGGAGUCAUUUCGCCAUACUGUACGAGUUAGAUUGUCAUUGUCAUAAAGUGCGCCUUUCCUAGUUUUUGUACAUACAAUUGUUUCCGUGUUUGGAAAGCAAGAAAUACAAGUGUUCACACUAAACACCUCUCAAGUACGGAUGUAUCUUUGACUGUUGCUACAAUUAAAGGCAUAGAGGGUACUUGUAUAGCUAUUAUUUAUUGUGUAUGCUUUGAAGUGUUUGAAUCGGAAAUAAGUUUAAUAUUUUACAACAGUUUCAUGUACUCUUUGAUAUUGACUAAACUCUAGUUGGUUUGUUACGUAAAAUGUGUUAUGUGCAAAAUUUAGCUCCGAAAGUGUGAUAGAUCUUUUUUAAUGUUCAUAUAUAUAUAUUGCUUACGAAGAACAGUCGAAAUUUAACGAACAAUAUCGGUGAACAGCGUCGUCACUCGAUAGAUGCUGAUUUGGCUGCGGUUCGGAAAAAGCAUUCUGUUUGCAUGUGAAACCAAACGUACAAACCUUUUCAUUCUAAAUAAUGCCAAAUCACCGUAUUAAGCCAAUAGCUACUGAGAAUUUAAUUCUGAAUAAAAUUGAUCUUAGGGUAUGCGUGACGCUGUCAGCGAAUAUGCAUCCUGCGCAGGAAAAAGUAAUAUGUUCAGUUUUUUGCUAAGUGGUGUGCCUUAGAAACAGGCAAAAUUGGAUAUUCUGAAAAGCGUUUUAAAAGUCCCGCUAAUUCUACUAUACUUGUACACACCAUGAACAAGUUUAAUUUCAUUACGUUCGCAUACUAAAUAGAUAAAUCUUAUUUUUCGGUACUUCCUCCACAGGAUGUUUUCGCUCACAACGUCACAAAAUUGUAUAUAAUGUAUAUCACUUGUUUUAUGUAGACCUUAAUAAUAUGUCUAUAAUUGUUUAUUUAAAUAAUAUGCUUAAUAAAUACUUUCAUUCUA